CAAAAGUUUAAACCGUUAACAGACAUCAUGUUGUCAGAAUUAAGUGGACCUACUAAUGGUUUUGGACUUCGUUUCUUGGAACAAUUAAACAUCAGUGAUUCGAAUAGAAAUGUCGUUUUCUCUCCUUUAAGUGUCAUCUUAGCCUAUGGAAUGUUAUUGGAAGGAGCGACUGGUACAACUAGAGAACAGAUCAAAGAGGUUCUCCAAUUAUCUUCUGCAAUUUCUCAAGCCGCGAAAAAGCUCCUUUAUGAAUAUAAAUCGAUUGCCGAUGGUACGAGUGAUCGUAACUUCUCGUUGUUUUAUGGCAAUUUGUUGAUGGUCAAUAAAGAUUAUCCAUUAAAAGAAGCGUUUGUUCAAAGCUUAACGACCAAUUAUUUCGUUCAAGUGACAAAUGAAGAUUUUCAGAAUGGAAAGGCAAUUAUGAUCAAGCUAAACUCGUGGGUCUCCGAAAAGACAUGUGGAAAAAUCGAUAAAAUCUUAUCCAGAUCCCCGAAUCCAGAAAUGUUAUUAUUGGUCAUUAACACUCUUUAUUUCAAAGGAAAAUGGGCAAAACCAUUCAAUAAAAAGUACACAUUUGAUGAGACUUUCGCUAAUUCUGAUGGAUCAAAAAGUAAAAUUAAAAUGAUGUCCCUUCCUAAUACAUAUCGUAAAUAUCUUCACAAUCGCUCAGCCAAAUUCAAGAUUGUUGAGCUUCCAUACAACGGGGAUGUUAGUAUGAUCUUCAUUUUACCAACCAAAUCCAAUACUCUGUCCAAUUUGAUCUCUACUUUACAUCCUACGGAAUUAGAAAAUCUUCUGAAUUCUAUGUGUCUGACAUUUCUCAAGUUGGUUAAUAUUCCUAAAUUUAAGCUUCAAGAUUUUCACGAUUUAGAUAAGAUUCUUUCACGAAUGGGAAUGGAACUGCCAUUUACUGAACAAGCAGAAUUUAAAAAUAUCACUGAAGAAUCUGAUUUAUUGUUUGUAUCCGAAUCCCUUCAAACUGCUCUCAUCGAAGUAGAUGAAGAGGGAACUGUCGCUGUAGCGAACACUCGUAUUAAGAUGACGGGUGGAGCUGGUCCAAAGUUUUAUGAAGAUUUCAUUCUCGACCGACCUUUCAUUUUCAUGAUUCGUGACAAUUUAACUAGAGUCAAUCUCUUUGUCGGUCAAAUGAACAAUAUGCGCGAUCUAAAUUAUAAAAUAGUGAUUAAUGACGGUACAACUGAGAUCAACAAGAUCAGACAAGAUGCCUUGAGAAGUGAAUUGAAACACUUGAUGAUGAAAGAAAAGUUGGAACAAGAGAAAUUAUCACAAUCGAUUGAUGAGAUUCGAGAUUUGUUAAGAAACAUCAUGUUGUCGAAAUUAAGUGGACCAACUAAUGGUUUUGGACUUCGUUUCUUGGAAAAAUUACACACCAGUGAUUCGAAUAGAAAUGUCGUUUUCUCUCCUUUAAGUGUCAUCUUAGCCUAUGGAAUGUUAUUGGAAGGAGCGACUGGUAGAACCAGAGAACAGAUCAAAGAGGUUCUCCAAUUAUCUUCUAUUGGUGAUCAAAAUUCUGAAAUUUCUCAAGCCGCGAAAAAGCUUCUCGAUGAAUACAAAUCAAUUUCAAAGAGUUAUGCUGACCGUCUCUUCUCAUUGAUUUUAGGCAAUUUGCUGUUAGUCAACAAAGAUUAUUCUUUAAAAGAAGCGUUUGUCAAAAGCUUAUCGAGAAAUUAUUUCGCUAAAGCGACAAAUGAAGAUUUUCAAAAAGGAGUCGAAGUCAUGAAUAAGGUGAACUUGUGGGUCGACAUAAAGACCUUUGGAAAAAUCGAUAAAAUCUUAUUCGAACCCCUGGAUCCAGACAUUUUAUGCAUUAUUAUAAACACCGUGUAUUUCAAAGGGAAAUGGCGCAAACCGUUUGAAAGAAGUGAAACAUUCGAUGCAGCUUUUACUAAUUCUGAUGGAACUAAAAGCAAAAUUGAAAUGAUGUCCCUUGUCGGUAUAAAAUUUAAAUAUCUGCACAAUUCUAUAGCCAAAUUUAAGGUUAUUGAGCUUCGGUAUAUUGGAAAGAUCAGUAUGAUCUUCAUUCUACCCACUGAAUCCAACACUUUGUCCAAUUUAAUUCCUACUUUGAACCCAACGGAAUUAGAAAAUCUUUUGAAUUCUAUGAGCCGAACGAAGCUUCGUGCUGUUAAGAUUCCGAAAUUUAAACUUGAAGAUACCCACAAGUUACAUGAGAUUCUCCCUCGAAUGGGAAUGGACUUGCCUUUCAGUGGACGAGCAGAAUUUCAAAAUAUCACUGAAGAGUCUAAUUUAUUAUUCGUAUCCGAAUCAAUUCAAAAGGCUUUUAUCGAAGUCAAUGAAGAGGGAACUGUCGCUGCAGCGGUGACACACAUUGACAGCAGAUUGUGUGAAUCGAGAACUUCUCGAGCGAAAGAAGAUUUCAUUCUCGAUCGACCUUUUAUAUUCAUGAUUCGCGACAAACGAACAGGAAUUAACCUCUUUAUCGGUCAGAUGAAUAAAAUGCCUGAUCUUAAUUAA